UCCUGGGUGUGAGCGCGCACACAAAAGCGGCCACGCUGAGAGCCAGGAGAGGUGCUGCGCUAGUCACGAUGGCUGGCUCGGCGUUGGUGGCUCGAGCACGGCUCGGCGUCUGGGGAUGGAGGGCCGUACAAACCCGAAGCUUCAGUUCCGACCAGGCGGAUGGUCCUGACCGGAGCGCAGGCGCCAUCCGGGAUGCUGGUGGGGCCUUCGGUAUGAGAGAGAAAGCUGAAGAGGAUCGAUACUUCCGAGAGAAGACUAAAGAGCAAUUGAAUGCCUUGAGGAAACACCAUGAAAAUGAGAUUGAGGAGCAUAAGCAAGAGAUUGAACGUCUGCAGAAGCAAAUUGAACGGCAUAAGAUGAUGAUCAAAAAACUACAAAAACAUGAUUAAAAGCGCGCACAGAUCCAAAAAAAAAAAUGGCAUGGAUGAUCGCCUACUUCUAUGUAGACAUAGUUCCUGUUAAAAUAAUACUUGGUCUCUGUGCUACUGACAUAAUAAAUUGCGAUCAUCAAACA